AAAAAGAAGGAGAAUCUAAUAAAGUUAAGUCAGAUGAUAACAAUAAUUUUAGUGAUUCUGAAGAAGAAAUACUAGAUAAAUUAGACUCGUAUAAUAAUAAUAAAGAGGAUAUAGACAAUGCUAAUAUGCAAAUUUUUACAUCUUAUAUUGAAAAAGAUAAAAAAAUUCAUGCUGCACUUAAAAAAUUAGAUGACUACCCUACUAAGUCCAAGCCUCCAAGUAUUAAUAGCUUGGCUAAAGACUUUGAUCUUUCGAAAGCUACUCUUCAUGGUCCUUCUCAAUGUUCAG